AUGAGCUCAGAGGGUGCAUUACAGAUUACAAUACCAGACUUUGACGAUGGCGACUAUCAAUCUACUCCCAUACCCUUCGGCAGGUCUGGAGGAUAUGGCUUUGGUGCAUUCGGAAAUGCAGGAUCAGGCCCAGAUUCACCAACUAUCAUGACUCCCAUUGCACUUCCGGAACGUAGUGACAGAAGCUACUUUCAUAGUCGUGGCGAUUCUGUGGCAUCAGAGGAUUCUUUUAGUUCGCAACCUGUUCGUCAGACUGGCAAGAGCUCACAUACGACUCAACCUUCCAUAUCUGCAAGCUCUCCAUUCUCCAAGAAGCCAUCUUUUGCAUCCAUCAGAAAUGCAUUCAAGAAGAACACUGAUGUACCGCCAUUACCUCCACUAGACCACCAAGCAUAUCCCGUUCUCAAGAACCCUUUUAACCGCUCGACUUCGUCCUUGCCUCAUUCCACCUUAACAUCUAAUAAGGUAUUCAACGCUUCAAGUCCACCGCAUCCUCGCCCUCCGACACCUGGAUCCAGCGAAUCACGUCCCCGCGCUCCUUCGAGGGCAAGAGGGCAUUCCGCUGCAAGAUCUUAUCAUUCUCAGUCCGGGUCUAUAUUUCACAACUCGGACACAGGGAGCGAUCAUGGUCACGGGUUCUCUUACUCAUCCUCUCCUCCUCCUGUUCCCCGUGUGCCUGAUACAUUUGGUACUCCGAUGUUCAGCAGUGAUGGACCCUUAAUGAUGGAGGAAGACGACAAUGUGCCAUCGGGUCCUAAGAUGCCAUCUGAUUAUGCUCUGCAUGCAGUUUUUAUUCGGUUUGCUACUCUUGCGGAAGCAAAGAUGAACGUGUUCCUUCGCGAAACACUGGAUCACGAGCCUUUAUUGUCGAACUUCAUGGGUCCCUCGCUAGAUCCCAAGUUCGAUGACCUGAUGAGCUCUUUGGGAAAGAUAGCUCAGAAACAUCCAAGACCCGUCAUAGACUCCAUUAGGCGCUGGAGGCGCAGUCAUAAUGAAAACGUCAGCACCGACAUACUUAAACAUCAUGCUAGCCAAUCUCCUUUAUGGAUACGUGGUGCGAGAGUUCAAGAACCGUCUACUUUGCUGAAUGAACGAAAGUCGCUGGCAUCCAUAUAUAUUAUGUGUCGCGCUUUGAUUGCUGUUUUAUCCGUCCUAUCCAAAGACGCACUGGGUGAUACGCUGGGAUUUACCUUGGAGGAAACAACGUUCGAACAGUUCAAGAGACCGGAUUUGAAGCUCCUUGCACAGUCAACUAAUCAUCGACUUAAUGCCGAACUGUAUGCCACGCUGCUCGGACACUUGGCAAACGUUCGCUUUGUUAGUGUCACAGAUCGGUUUCUUGGCGAGCUCGAGCCUGUGGCCAAUGGUCAGGUGGCGAAAGACCUCGAUACGAAGUAUGAGCAUCUAGUGAAAGGGCUCCGUCAUGUUCAGCUGAGAGUAUGGCCUCCGGAGGCAUUUGAGGAAGGGGCCGAGUUUCUGGAGUUAUUGGCCAAGUCCUUUGCAAAUGCUCAUGGUCUUCGGUUUAAGAUCGCUUUCGCAGAUACGUUGACUCGACUCUUGCACCCCAUUGGAAAGACGGCGCAGGCCGAAGUCAAUCAUCCACAAUGGGAAAAGGCGAUCGAAAGGAUCUAUCCUCGAGCUAAAGAGAUGAUGGGUAAGCCGCGGUAUUGGCAUAUCGCCUACCCAUUGGCUGUCACCAGCCUUUGUGUUGCGCCUCAUCAAUACUUCCUCCGCAACUGGACAGCUUGCUUUGAGUAUGGGCUGUCGAAGAUGAAGGAGAAGCUUCAUCGGAUUCCUGUCUUGAAUGGAAUCGUUCGAUUGAUCUGGACAUACCUGUAUCGAUGCCAGGAGCCAUUAGCAACGAGCACCACCAAGCUGGACUCCCUCCUCAAACAUAUAUUCCCUGCUGGACGGUCAUCAAUUUUCCAUCACGAGGAGCAUCUUGAGCCCUUCAUCUGUAUCGUGCAUUUUAUCUUGUUGCGUUAUUUCGACUAUGGGUUGGGACUCUGCAUGGAGUUACUUCAGGAAGCCGUCGUGAAUUCCUCAUCUACAAGUAAUCUCAUGGGUAUAUUGGCCCCCGAACGCGUUGCUGUAUCGGCACAGGCUAUCCUCUUAACCUUGAAUGCCUUCGAACGUGAGGAGUCAGUUCCUACAUGGCCGUCCAGUGUCGAUUUCACUGCUGUACCAUCUUGGGACGAUUAUCCUUCGUCUUCUGACGCUCUUCCAGCUGCAGUAGUAUCCAGGCAUGGAGUUCAAGAGCUGCUUGACAGAUAUGGAGCUGUAAUUACUGCAAUCGCACGAUCAGCAAGUCAGUCUGUGGGUCAAAUGUCUAUCUUUGAUGAACAGUGGUCGCUGUCGCGGUUUAACUCUAUCCAUGAAGAGCCCCACAACAUUAUCAUUUGUCGUCGUCCUGAAGGGUCUUUUGCCUACCCCAAUCAUCUCGUGUCGCAGAUUUCUAUGCUACAGACAUGUUUGCAAUCGUGGCCGCGCUGCUUGCACGCCUCUUUACCGCUCACGGACGCCAUCAAUAUACUCAUCCGCAGUAUUAUCCAUGUUGAGCCUCGGAUCGGAGAAGCGGCAGGAGCGGCGCUGAGGCGCUUUAUGGCUGACGGGCGGUAUGCGCCUGCAGUUUUGCGCCACUUUACGACCUUCCUAUUUGAUCCUGCCUAUGUUGGGCGGGAGGGAACUGGUGCACGGCUUGUCCUUGAGAGCACUCGACUUCUGAAUUUUUGGAUUAGCCUGGUGGAAGGUUGGGUCAAAAGUAUUCUGCAGAAACCUAAAGCGGACAUCACAGCUGGUGAAAGGGAGGCCGCUGCCCUUCAAGGGGACGGGAUCACUGCAGGAGCAUUGUUUUUGUUAUCGCAUGAAGCUUCUACCGUCCGUUGUGCAGGGGUUAAGCUCAUUCGCAUACUUUCACCAUUCAUUGCCCAUAUAGAUGCACUUGAGGGUGCCCAUGCGGGUUCCUCGACCCUUCUGAACGGGCUCGUCGAUUGCGAUGCUCGUGAGAAUCCUCAUUUUCAGGGCUUUGACGAGUUAUUGGACAGCUCGGAGCUAGAUCGCCUGCAACAGUGGAGGCGGGCUGGGCGAAAGGAUGUUCUUCUGAGGAUCGCCGAUAGCAACUAUGACAAGGACAAGAAAAUAUGGCGUUGUGUUUUGCCGAGCUUCAUCCAAGCCUCGUUCCAACAACCGCUGAAAGUUGCGGUGGACUGUCGCGCCAUGAUCGAGGCUGCAGCAUCCCGCUACCAUCCUUCAAUGUUGCACCUUGCCGGACUAUCGACUCUCAGCGGACGAUUACCAUCCGGCGCCUCUAGGGCACCAGGCUCUGCCGAUAAGGAGGGGUACAAGCAAGUCAAAGACAACAUAAGCUUGAUCGAUCAAUGGUAUCUGUGGAUCAAGAUUCUGUGUGCUACAGCCACUGUAUCUGAUAGCCGUGGUGGCGCUCCUGUCCAAGCCGCUCGAGAACAUUCACGAGCCCCUUCGGACGCUACCUUUGAUCACGAGCGGAUGUCAAACACACGCUGCCUCUUCAGGUACCUAACACCAUUCUUAGACGUGGAAUAUGCCCCAUUUCGUGAUGCUGCUGUCAUCAGCAUCAGCUCUUUUCCUUCCAAUGGGUUUUCGCAGCUUUUGGAGGACUUGAAUCACUUUUCUUUCCUUCAAUUUCAUGAUGACGUCCGGUCGAAAUCUGGUUCUCCUGUGUCAAGUGGACGUUCACGACGUCAAGCUCGUCUACACUCAGCCGUUGCUCGUAUCUACUUCCUCACUGCUCCUCAGCUGCAGUACCAAAGACCUUCUGCAAAGCAAGAUACAAUUUCAUACGUGCUCAAAUUCAUUCGGACAAUGCAAACCUUCCUCGUUAAUGCAGAGAAUCGUGACAGCUAUGCGCUCCAGCGCCUGCGCCGCUAUUUCUGCGGUUUGAUCGAACGGUUCUUCGACAGUCUGGGGAGCCUCGCUGACUCAGAACUAUUCGUUCCAUCGCACACGUAUGCGACUCUCUACAGGCUUUGUGAAGAAUGGUGCCAGUAUGGUGUUCAGUCUGAAUCAGCAAAACAGCGAUACAUCCUCAUGCAAAGAGCUGCGGCUGCGGCUGCGAGUGAUCCACAAGCCGAGUCAGACUCUGCUGAACGGUUUCAACACGAGACUAAACUGCUCUCCAAUGCAGCUGUGGGCGCCCUCGCUGCCCUUUGCCAAAGGGCAUAUUAUCCCUCUGAAACCAUUGGCUCCUCAUCACCUACGGAUCGCCCUCAAGAGUCUCCGAAACCUCUGGAAGCUGUCCAGAUCUUGGACCGCCUUCAUCAUGUCUUUCAAUCCUCUUACCCUCACGUUGUCAUGUCUGGAAGAAAAGCCCUUAGCUCCCUUAUCUGCUCCAGAAAAGCGGAUAAAACGUUGCUCGCCGAGGUCCUUCGACGAUCCUUCAUCGAUUCGAAUGAUUCAUCGUCCAGCAGCUCUGGUUUCUUCGAGGUUCUGUCCGACGUCGCGUGCAACGUUGGUAUCGGCUCAUACACUUUCGCGCAAAUUAUAUGCUUGGGCUUGACCAACCUCUGUCACGCUGAUUCUGGAAUUAGACGAAAGUCUCUUAUGCUCCUCGAGGUCAUGCACGAGCAUUGCUCUGGCGUCCUGUCUUUUGGUGAAUUCGAGGCUAUGGCUUCCAACCCUUUAAGCAGCGUAUAUUUGCAUGUACAUCGACUAGUCACCGAACGCCUCUCCGGCGAACACCCUCAUCACGCUAAUGAUGUGACUACGGAGAUGACUACCUUGCUGAUGCGCAUGCCUCGUGGUGGAAAUGAGAGGCUUGCCCUUCUACUGUUGCAAAGCCUCGAGUCUUGGGUCCCCAAUAUACAACUCACGCUUGACCCCGACAGCGAAGCGCGUUUACAUCCAUCUCCAGCCAGCAGCCGCAUCUUGUACCAUCUCCUCACCCUCACAAAGCGAUACAGCGAAAGUCAUUUUGAGCAAGUUACUGCAAUAUGGACGCGAUUCGCAGACCACCCCAACGAAACCUACGGAGCGGCUACCGUAACUUUCCUCAUCAACCAAGCUCUCAAAGUAGCUACCUGCGCAUUCAUCGAUUGCGCCUCCACCAUCAUAGCAUGUCUUUCGCGUUCUGCUGCUGCGCUGCAAGUUUACGAGCUUCUUUGCUACUACUGCGAGCCAGAACGCAUGGUCCCCUCCCUUGAUCACCAGCUGAAGGAGCCUCCCGGCGCCGAAGACUUUGAACUGUGGUCUGACUUGAAUACUCAGUUUGCAGAAGAACAGCCAAAGAUUCUGCUGGGACCGGCGCAAUAUGCGCUGAUCUUACUGGGGUCUGCUGCAAUGGAAGGACAAUGGACGCUUGUUACUUCCAUACCAAUCAUUCUGCAGGCAAUCUUUCCCAACCUUGACCACCGCGUCCCUCUUAUGAGGAUUAGGGCGCGUGGAAUGCUCUUCCAGCUCUUGCGUGUUUGUAUCCCAGGUCUCGCACAGUCCAAUUGCUCUGCAUUAGUGGCGCAGAUCAGUGCAUUGGAGGACCAAGGAGAUUCUAUAUUCUGGAAGGAUGAUGAUGACAACGAUAUCGUGGAAACUCGAAUGAGUACGCUUUUCUCUCAGGUGCUCCCUAUGCUCCAGCCUCUUGCUCCAGCCUUGGAACAGACUGUAGGUAGAUUGGCACUAGCCUACGUGGAACUUUGCAACAUGCGGAGUCUCGCGCUUCGUUCUUUACAGGUACUCCGAGUGUUGAAUAUGCCUUUGAGUCAUGCCGCGCUGGAUCAGUUGCUGAGUCGUUUAUCUGUUUCCAUAGCAGAUGUGGAUCCAGAAAGACAGGCUUUUUCGGCGGAAGUCAUCCGCACCAUCACUCAUAUGGUUACACUGCACGAGCUCGAUGAUGCGCUGCUUCCUCGUCUUUUUUGGGCAACUCAUGCAGUGAUGUCAACCAGUGCAGAAACUGAGUACAUGCAAGCCAUCAAACUGUUGUCGGCAUUCCUCGAUCGGAUUGACUUGGAUGACCCCCAUAUCGUUGACCUCAUUGUUGCCCAACGUCCUCGAGAUUGGAACGGGUCCAUCGGAUUGCAGCAAGCCCUUUGGAGCGGGCUGCGUUCUGCCACGACUUUGGAUGACACGUUCACAGUUCUUGGGAGACUGGUUAGGCUGAAGUGCGCCAAUUUGUUAGACUCUUCCAAAACAUGGCUUCGAGACCUCUUUACUCUGUCCCUACCAUGGUGCAUGCACGCCAUGUACACUGACCAGCAUGACGAGGCUCUAAACGACUUCUGUUCUUCAAUCGCGGACUUGGCUGAUGAAGAUGGUCUGGAGAGUAUCAAUCGGAUCAUGGUUUCUUUUGUCAAACGUCGGUUCAGGACCAAAGAUGAUUUCCUUCGUCAGUCCAUCAGCAGUCUACGUGACCACUACCCUCCCGAUGACUGGACCGAUAUCGCUACUCUGUUGUUGAGUUUGGUGCUCAACAAGGAGAGAUGGCUCCAAGUGUCCUCAAUGCAUGUCCUCAAAGUCCUAUUCCAACAACGUGCUUUGCAGUCGUUGGGCACAGAGCAUCUUAUGCCCUUAUUGCGGUUGGUGGAAGGAGAGUUGGCGACGCAAGCUCUUGAUGUAUUAGAGGAGCCGACGAAGAUCACUGGAGGACUUACAGCCAAACAGGUCCUCCGCAUGAGCAUGCACGUAUCAACACUUGCCGGUGCGGGCGGGAGUGAGGGUGAGACAGAGAUCUUUGGUGUCCCGGAAGACUCUGGCUGGUGCAUUGCACGCGUAUCACAUCGACAAGCUCAAUGUCGUGCCAACGUCCUUGCGGUUGCGCUUAUGUUCACGACAUCAUCGCGCAUAUCUACGGUGUACUUCCAGCCAGAGGUGCAAGAGCCCCUGUUCGCUGAUGAGCUUGAUGAAGACUUGGGAGUCCUGGUUCAAGAUCUGCACGAGCUAAGUGAGUUCUUCCAGAAGACGAAGCCUCAGACGCAACUCCUACCGAGUCAGCAGCUGGAAGAUAGAGUCGCUUCCAUCCUGGCUAGAUCUACAGACGAUUGCAACGGCGUGCCUCAGACUCCAUUUGGAGAUGUGUUCCAGAUCGGUGGAUCACGCGACCUUUCGGACGACUCCACCGAUGAGUCUGAUCCAGAGUCUGAGGUAGACGCAUUCAAGUACGACUCUCCAACUUUUUAUCGUACCGCUCCCAAUGGCAAGGGCUUGUAUUAA